CCACCUUUUCUCCUACCCCUUCUCUUCAUCCCUUCCAAGGCUUGUACAGUUUCUAAUUAAGAUUGCACACAAAGAGAAGGAUAGGUAACAUGAAAGCGAGAGGGGUGUUAUGAGUACACUUUUUUUUUUAAUGGCAAGUUUGUUAACCGCUGCUUUAGAUGUGAAUGCACCAAUCAGAGAUGCGUAAAUAGGGCGUGCUGAAGGAUAUGUGUGGAUAUAUUUCUCUGCUUAGUGCUCAACCUAGCGGAACCCGAUCUGCAACAUAACUCAACGCUUCACAUGACUGUGCGCUGCAAGUUCUGUGCUGUGUGCCCACUAGUGAUACGUGUCUCGUAAGAUCUGAUGACACAAAUGUGCGCGUGUUCAAGUACCAUAACUUCAUGUGAGGAAAACAAUAGAAUUUAAAUUACGUUCAUGUAACUUUUAAACUAUGAGUUCUUCUGAAAUUCAGUUAUGUUUUUGCUAGAAAAAGACAAGAAAUUUGGUAACAGAACUAAAGAAAUGUAGGUGUUCUAUUGGAAAACAUUAAUUUUUAAUGUGAGAACGUGAAAGAAUGUAAAUACUACAUCUGAAAUUUGUGAUCAUAAUGAGAUUUGGAAAAUAAUUGUGUUUAAUGGGUUAAUAAUAAUUAAAUAAUUACAAUGAAGGUUAGUGAGAAUUAUUUAGGAACUUCAAAAAUAGUUGACAUAUUUAGUGUUUAUAAAUAUAGAAACUUUCAAGGAAACGUAACGGAUUAAAUCAUAUAAACAAAAUUACAACAGAGAGAAAUCAGUGAACAUUUAAAACGUAAAUUAUUGAGAACUGCAACCGAUCGGUUUUCCAAUAGCUUAUCAGGCGAACAUUUAGGUUAAUUUUCAUUUCUGUAAUCAAAUCUCUUUAAGGCUUGUACCUGAAAAGUAUUCCAAAAGGAAGACAUACACUUGACCAGAACCUGAGGUUGGAGUCAGGCUAACUUCAUACCUAGGCCUACGUCCAACAGUAUGAUGCAAAACCCGUUGCUAGGAUACACCUCGUUUACGCACUUCCUAGAUUUUCGACAUCAGCAGUACCCGCCACCGGUUCGAGGUUCUGCCACGGGAGCUAGCGGGCCUUCCCCGUCGUCACUGUUCAUGUACUCGGCACUACGUCAGCAGGCCCUGACUUCGAGAAGUAGCAGCAGUGGAGACAGCCCUAGCCCGCCGAUCAGUGCCACGUCCUCCAGCACGAUGGGCAAGUCCUUCACGAUUGAUGCGAUCCUGGGGCUAGGAGAUGCUAACAAGCUGGACUGUGGGGUAGGGAAGUGCAUGGCGACAGAUCUGAGUACCGGCACUAAACACUCCGAAACAGCCGCCACCGUUUCGGCAGUUCUGCACCAUCCGCUGCAAGCCUCGUACGCGGUCCGAAGGUCCAGUCAAGCAGAUAAGUCCUGUGACGCUGCGACCGGCGGUGCAGGAGGGUGUAGCAAGAAGCCAGCGAAAUCGAAACGCGUUCGGACAAUCUUCACACCGGAGCAACUCGAGCGCCUAGAAGCGGAGUUCAAGCGACAGCAAUACAUGGUGGGGCCAGAGAGACUGUACUUGGCCCAUACACUCCAGCUCACAGAGGCUCAGGUUAAAGUCUGGUUUCAAAACAGAAGAAUCAAAUGGAGGAAACAGAACUUUGAAGAGCAACAGCAAAGACUGGCUGCACUGAAACAUCACCAGCAGCAACUGCUACAACACCAGCAACUGCAAGGAGAAGACAUCGAGGACAGCGAACUGGAGAGCAACAGCGGAGACAGCUUUCCUGCAAGAGCCCAGCAGCCUUCUGAGUAAACCAGCUUUACUGAAGGACACAGACAAGAAUAAACAUUGGCGUCAUAUGGUUUGCCAGCAGAACGUGUAGUGUGUUCUACCUCGUAGAAACAAGGUUUCACUACGAACAGAUGAAGGCCCAGCAUCUCUGUCACGUCGAUAAUUUACGUCCUGUUCUGAAAACAUCGACAACGAUGAAAUUUAUUUGGCUACUAAGGAAUAUCUUGGGAGUUCUGUGACCAAACGCAGCGCAAUGGGCUCGUAACCCCCCCAUAACACUAAGUUUUGAUUAAUUUCAUACUGAGAUUGUGAACAUGAGUUCGUUAGUGAAUUCUGUUGUUAGGAUAUCGAACGGAGGAUAAGUAGAGCAUGUAGAAUGGAUGGAAGAGAUGAGAAUUUCAUGGAAAAUUUUAGUCCUACAACUUGAAGAAUUGGGGAGACUUGCGUUCUAGCAUAUAUGGGAGAACAGGGGAAGUCCAGCAGCCAUUCAAGUACUGUUUCUCAAAGUUGUGAUCUUGUCACUAGAUAAAACUUAUAGGCUAUAUAUCAGUGUAUAUACAAAACUGUUUUAUUCACCAAAAAUAUAUCAAAAACGUAAAUAAAAAGGUAAUUUGAAUUCAAAAGGAUCAACUCAUGAGAGUGUUUAUUGAUUUUUUCAAUGUUUCCUUAUGGUCCCAGAUAUCAACAUGUGAUUUAUUACAAUUAUUUAAUAAUUACCACAGACCCAUGGAAAAAAAAAUUACGGAAAUCGCAUAGAUACAAGAGUUAUCAGCGAAAAUUUCAAGUUCCACGUCUUUUAUUCGGUCCGUUCUUUGUAAUCGAAAUACUGAGUUCAGUCCUCGGGAAAUGAUUGCACGUAUAAUGGCACUGUGUCUCCUCUUCUGCCUCUGUCGCAGUUUUCUUUUACAAAUGCAGUUUCUUCUUACAACCUGCCUCUUUGUUGGCUGACUGUCUGUCUGUUCGACCGUCUUUCUAUUUCUAGUUUUAACUGGUUUCUUCCCUGCGU